UCAUGCUAGAGGGGGAGGACUGAGAGUGUGUGAGCAAUGUCGGCGCAGGGAGCGCGGCCAGCCUUUGGGGUGAUGCUCUUUUCGAAGUCGUGCGCAGCCCUGGGCACUUUGUUGUUUGUUUUGUUGGGUCUGCUGUUGGUCCGGCAGCUCCUUAAACAGAGGAGACCUCGUGGUUUCCCACCGGGUCCCACCGCUCUACCUCUCAUAGGUAACCUCUUGUCACUCAUCAAUGAACCACACGUCUUCUUGAAGAAGCAGAGUGAAAUUCAUGGACAGAUUUACAGCCUUGAUCUUGGUGGUAUAUCAACUAUUAUCGUCAAUGGGUAUGAUGCAAUCAAAGAAUGCCUUGUUCACCAGAGUGAUAUUUUUGCAGACAGACCAUCUCUACCUCUCUUUAAAAAGCUGACUAACAUGGGAGGGCUGUUGAACUCCAAAUAUGGUCGUGGCUGGACUGAUCAUCGUAAGAUUGCUGUCAACUGUUUUCGUUGUUUUGGACCAGGUCAAAAGGACUUCGAAAACAAAAUUUCUGAAGAAUGUAUGUUUUUUUUAGAUGCUAUUGACACAUACAAAGGAAAGCCUUUUGAAGCCAAAUGGCUUGUAACUAACGCAGUUUCCAACAUCACAAACCUAAUUAUUUUUGGAGAGCGUUUCACGUAUGAUGAUAAAGAGUAUCAGCACAUGAUUGAAAUAUUUAGUGAAAAUAUUGAGCUGGCAGCCAGUGUAUGGGUGUUUUUGUACAAUGCUUUCCCUUGGAUUGGGAUCCUGCCUUUUGGAAAACAUAAACGCUUAUUUAAAAAUGCGGCAGAGGUGUAUGACUUUUUGCAAGAGAUUAUACAGCGGUUUUCACAAAACAGAACAUCGCAGAAACCUCGGCAUCUGAUUGAUUCAUAUUUGGAUGAACUGGAAAAUAACAUGAAUGAUCCUGAAUCUUCCUUAACAACGGAAAACUUAAUUUUUACAGUUGGGGAACUUAUUAUAGCUGGAACUGAGACUACAACUAAUGCACUUAGAUGGGCCAUCUUGUACAUGGCACUGUAUCCAAAUAUUCAAGAAAAGGUACAUCAAGAAAUUGACAGUGUAAUGGGAAAAAAUCAAAUACCUUCUCUGGAACACAAGCCACGGAUGCCAUACACAGAGGCAGUUCUACAUGAAGUUCUUCGAUUUUGCAAUAUAGCUCCACUUGGUAUUUUUCAUGCAACUGCCAAGAAUACAGUAGUACGAGGUUAUUCCAUUCCAAAGGGAACUACGGUUAUAACAAAUCUUUACUCUGUACACUUUGAUGAGAAAUAUUGGAGUGCUCCUGACGUAUUUUGCCCUGAAAGGUUUCUGGACGGCAACAAACAAUUUGUGAGGAAGGAAGCAUUUGUUCCAUUUUCUAUCGGACGAAGGAAUUGUCUUGGAGAAAAGCUUGCAAGAAUGGAGCUAUUUCUGUUUUUUACCAUGUUAUUACAAAGAUUUCAUCUUCAUUUUCCACCAGGAACUAUUCCAAAUCUGAAACCUAAAAUGGGAAUGACAUUGCAGCCUUAUCCAUAUCUUAUCUCAGCUGAAAGACGGUGAAGUAAAGGGAGCGUUACCUCCAAUUAAAAUAAAAGAAAGAGCAAUCUAGAGUUCAAAAUGUUUGGUGUAAUGAAUUCUCUUUCAUUUGUCUAAAUCUAUACUUUAAUCUUGUGAUCGAAGCUAUCUUGAAUGAAGGUAGUGUAAAGUGCCCAAAAAAGUUAGAAUCACACAGUGCAAAAGAAGAUCAUAAGGCAGGUAGCAUCUGGAUCACCACUUUAAAAUCACUAUCCAUUUUAUUCCAUGCCUCUACUCUUUCCCUGUAGUCCUACUAACAUCCUAUUUAUGGUACACAUAUUUUGAAAAUUCCUAAUGAAUCUGCUCCUACCACCUUCUCAGGCAGUACAUUCCAGAUCUUACUACUUGCUGUCUGAAAACAUUUUCUCAUCGCUCAUCUGUUUCACCAAUUAUCUUAAAUCUCUGGUUACCAGUCUUGCUGGCAGAACACUUCUCAUUUUUCCCAUCAAAACCCCUCCCCCUCAACAAUCAUUUAUGUCUGAUGAAUCCCAUCUUCCAUAGUGUCUUCAUGGAACUGAAGUCUGUUAUCCAUGCUAUAAUUCUAGUAAAUAGCCUUUUUACCUUUUCUCAGGCAUGAUAUAAACGAUCAAAAAUGGGGCAUGGAAUUGGACACAAAAAUCCAAAUGAGGCCUCACCAAUAAUUUCUCAGGUUUCAGCAUCACUUCCUUACUGUUUUAUUCCAUAUCUCCAUAAAAUCAAAUAUCCCAUAAUUUUAACAGCCUCAUCAACUGGUUAUAAACUUUUCAAAGAGCAUGAUGUGCUGAAUUGUUUUGUAUAUUAUCUAUUCUAAUUUAUCGUUCCAUCUUCAAAAACUGCCAGCUGUUUUUGCAUCUUAUUUUAAAUUACACUUUUUUGCAUACAUUAUUCUCUUUACUUUUCUUUCUAAACUGCAUCACUUCAUACUUCUCUGCUUUAGACCUGCAAAAUUCAUAUCUUUAAACUAGGUGAUUAAUUCCAGUAACGGCAUCCUUGUUUUCAAAUACAGUUGUAACAUGGAGAACAUGAAACAGAUAAUUCAUGCAAGCAAACUGCCUUGCACCCAGAUAUUUUUAGUUUUUGGUAAAUUGCAUGUUUUUCUCAAAUCUCUAUAUUGACUUAAAUGGUGGUGAUCAGCUGCUAAGCCUCUGCCAGCAUUGUUCUAUAAUAAACUACCACAUAAUAUUCAACUCGUCUUUAAUAACCAGGUAUCCUUCCUUUCUAUAAAGAAAUGUUUUUCUUUAUUAACUCAGGAGAGUGGAUAUGAUUUGUAUGCCAGUGCCACUUUAUUCUUGAAUGCCUUCUAUUCAGGGUUGUGAGUUUCUGCCAUGGGUCUGUCUGCAAAUAUUCAGGCUAAUUCUCAACCUGUAGAUCUUGGACAGAUGGGAUUGGAUGUGUCAGGAGGUAGAUGGAUCAAGAGUGCAAGAUUAUCUUCCUUUCUUCUCUAACUUGACUUUGCUUCCUCGCUAAGGCAUUAGGACUCAAAGCAAGACACCAUUCUGAACAAUUAGGAGCAAGCUCCUUCCCGUCAUUAAGCUCAACAUCACCAUGAUUCUUAGCAUCUUUGAAGUGUUUUCAUUGUCCUUCCCUGGAAUAUUAACCAUUUAAGAGCUGAUAGGCUCCUCUGGCAGGGGAAAUGGAUUUUGGCAGUUCAAACAAAGUGGGCAGUCAAUUAAAGUUUAUCUUACAGAAGACUGCAUGAAAGCUUAUUGACCUUGCUUGAAAAAGAACACUCCCAAUUAAACAGAAAUGAAUCAUAGUUAGAAAAGCAAUAUACUCCUAUCCACAAUCAUCCUCCAGCAAGUGUUUGUUGAGAACACUGUUAUCUUUUGUUAAGUAGUAGUUAUUUACAGGAUGACUACAGAAUUAACUGCAGCACUGUUACUAACAAUGAUAGUUAAUAGUUCAGUAGAAGAAAUGAGAACAAAAAAUGUAAUCCACAUAAUCUUCGACUGUAAAUAUAACAUUCCUACAGUUAAAAUUUUUAUAAAAAUAUUUCACUCUGUUGUUGGUCUGUUGUUCUUGUAUAGCUACCACAUUAGUUUGUUAUUGUUCACAUAAUUAUAUGUACUUUUUGUAUUAGAAUUUAAUUUGUGGGAGCACGUAUGCAUGGAAAAUAAAUGUGAUGUUCAAGAGAUUAAUAACAGGAUGCAAAAUGAAGCUGUGAAAUGCAUUUCUGAUCUUGGAACCGAAGCAGACACCUUGGCAACAUUUAAUUAGAGUAGAUGGUUGAAGGAAAAGGUAAAAUAAAUGGAUCUGUGUCGUAUAAAGGUACAGGAGAUUAAAAUUACAGUUUGUGUGAAGAAUAAGAGCAUAAGAGACAGGAGCAGGCUCUUCGGCUUUACAAGUCUCUUCCCCGAUUCAAGUGAAUUACCUUACGCCUCAACACUACCUUUCCACUAUCCCUAUGUCCCAUAAGUGGGCACUCACACUAGUUAAACUUAUGUA